AGACUCUGCCCUGGCGACCAGGCAGCACACCAAUGGGCGCGGUGUUGGCCAGCACAGAGAUCCAAAGUAGCCACUGCAAGCCUUUGUAGAGCCGCUUGGAGUUCACUUUAUACUCCUGCUGAAGCGCCGGAUGACUGAAAUGGCUUUGGACUCUUGCGUGGUACUUUCUUCGGCUUCCACAUGUCGAAUGCUUCGAGUAUAUUAAGGACUCUUUCAUGCAUCCUUCCAAAUGCUUUGACCUGUCACAGGGACAUUAAUCAAUCCAGCCAAAUGAUGUUUCUUCACCUGUUUCUUAAUCAUUAAUGAAACUGCCGUGCAGAUGAGCAGUUCAAGUUGCAAUCGCUGGGGAGCUCUCCUGCUGACCAUCAGCCGUUGCCUGGCCGUGGCUCCCACGGCACGGAAGGGAUUUGCUCGAUGGAUCCACUGUCUUUGGUGCGUGGUUCUGCUGGGCUACGUGUGGACCGGCUGCAUCUGGAAGUGCGUUGUGUUUGACGCCGAAAUGCCGACCAUCGAGAAGCUGCUGUUUCUGAUGGAGUUCCCAGGCAACAUAACGAUCACUGGCCUCCUGGUGUACCACGCUGUUCUCAAUAGUCCGUACGCCAAGGAAGUGGAGACGCAGAUUCAUCGCCUAAUCUGCGAGCAGGAUGUGGCAGUGGCACAGAGAAUUUACCAGCAGCACGGGAAGAGAACUCGCCUCCUGCUCGUGUACACCAUCGUGUUCCACGGUGUCUGCGUUGUGGUGGAUAUUGUUAAUUACAAAUUCAACUGGUGGACCACAUGGAUCAGCAAUAGUGUCUUCAAUUUGCCUGCUCUGAUGAUCAGCCUUGGUGUGCUGCAAUAUGCCCUCGCCGUGCACUUUCUCUGGCUGCUGCAGGCGCAUCUUUGCCACCGUCUGGCGGAACUUCAAAUGCGUCAAAGGCCACCCAAAGGUAUCGUAAACCUCGACGCGCGCUAUGAUCUGUUCUUUGCAGCCCUGGUGGAUGCUGGCGGAUGCUCUUCUCAGGUGUUGGAGGAGCUGCGCUCAACGUACACUGCCAUAGAUCGCCAGCACAGGCAGUUGCUGGACAAGUUUGGCCCCUUCCUGCUGCUCAACUUUGGAAACUCUCUCUGCAGCUUCUGCUUGGAGCUCUACAUGGUCUUCAACUUCUUUGAGCAACCGCAAUGGGCAGCGGGUAUGUUACUGUUCUACCGCCUACUGUGGCUCGUCAUGCACGGCGGACGCAUCUGGAUCAUCCUGGCCGUCAACGAACAGCUGGUGGAGCAGGAGUGCCACUUGUGUCUUCAGCUCAACCAGCUGGAGGUGUGUGGCAGCCACCUCGAACGCACCAUUAAUCGUUUCCUGGUGCAGCUCCAGACGAGCAUCGGACAACCGUUGCUCGCGUGCGGCGUCAUUGAUUUGGACACGUUGGCAAUGGGUGGGUUUAUCGGCGUGCUGAUGGCCAUUGUGAUAUUCCUAAUUCAAAUCGGACUGGGUAAUAAAUCACUAAUGGGCGUUGCCCUCAAUCAAUCAAGCUGGAUAUAUGUUUGAAUAAAAUGCCUCAACCAUUUGGUAGGCUGGGCAGUUCUUUGCGUGGUGCCAGAGAACGCAGUGGCUGGAAUGGUUCGUUUGAAAACGAUCACUUGCGCUGACUGCUAUAUGUACUUGGUAUCGAUCAAAGUACUCGAUAACGGAACUCUUUCGAUAGCAGCCAGAGUUGUCGCCGUUUUAUUUUUUCAAUUUAAUGAAUAACCGCUUUUAUAUCGAGUAAUUACGCACUUGCCUAAUUAAUUGGUUUUUAAUUUAGUGGAACCACAAUCUUUGUUAUGUUAUCAUAUGUUA